CCCCCACAAAGCACCGGCUUCCCCUCUGAUGUCGGGCGGAGAUUCACCGGCACCGCUGAGUCAGGGAGAUGAGUGACAGCAGCAGCAGCAGCAGCAGCCCCGGGGCCGGACCCAGGGAGGAAACGGAGAAAAGCCGAGAUGGAAGUAAACUUUCUUCAAAGAAAGGAGUGACAGAUGAUGUGGACAGCAGUCCUGCGAGGAGAGAUCGCAGUCCUAAAGAUGAAGUUGAUUUCAGCAAAUCUGACAAAGAAACCAGUGACUCUGAUAUGGAUGUGGGGGCAGGUGGGGAUUCACCGAUAUGUAGCAGGACACGGUCUCAGGUUUUAUCAGAUCAAGUUCUUCUGCACACACAGCCUAGCCUCAGCCGAAGACCUCUUCGUUCAACUCGAAACCGAAAGGAUGGUGGGAGUGUGUCACCAGCUAAAGCUGAUCCCAGGCCUGUAACUUCAGUUCUGCCUCGCAGUGAGCCUUCACCAAAGAAAGAACGAAGGGACAGAAGACAUGGGAAGGAAGGGAUCACUGAAGCCUCAAGCAAGUAUGCAGCCCUGAUUAUGAUGUUUGUAGUAGUGGUUUGUUCUGCACUGUUUCUCUCUGUGAGGAACAAACCACCGGCUGAGGUGUUGAGGGAAAGGACGGCACUGGUGCUAUUUUCAGACCAAUUUGAGCAGGUUGAGGCCCUCUUUGAUGGUCAGCAAUCGGCGCUGUGGAGGAGAAGCAGGAUCACCCUGCGCAACCACAUCAAUGUGACCCGGCACGUGAAACCUGCCAUCCUGAUGUUUACAGCUGCGUGGGACGGAGAGCAGACCAUGAGGUGUCUCGCUCGCCGGAUCGCUGAAGCUUACUCUUCGGCCCUCAACGCCACAGCCACAGUGGAAAUUGAUGCCUCUGCCAGAAGCAGGCGGGACAGUGAUGCGGUGAAGCUGGAGGUGGACACACUGCUCUCAUCUGGUUUUGACAAAGGCAGCAAGGCAGCGGUGGUUCACCAUUUCCAGGACCUGCCCCCACCCUCCACCCUGAUAUUCUACAAGUACUGUGACCAUGAGAAUGCGGCCUACAAAGGCAUUGCCCUGCUGCUCACCGUCCUGCUGGACGAGGAGAGACUGCCACCUGGUGUCGGCUUGGGGGCCGUGGAAGUGAAAGUCCGGGACUUUCUAAAGAGGAAGUUCUCUGCCUCUGACGGCAGAGAGGGCAUGGACACAGACAAGCUGAGUGGCCUGUGGAGUCGCAUUGCACACGUUGUGCUCCCAGUAGUGCCCGUGCGUGAGAUUGAGGAGAGGGGCUGCGAUCCUAAAGAGGGUGGGCGGUGAUCUGUGGAAGGGGGCUGUGGAAAGGUGAAGUUUAAUCAUUUGCAGUAUUUCCCCUCUCUCUUCUCCCUUCCCGCACCCCACCCUCACCCCCAACACCAUAUUACACUUGCCUGUCCACAGUUGAGUGUCCAGGCUCUGUGAAUGAUACCCUGAUUUAAGAUAUGAUCAUCUGUCCACUAAAAAGAACAAACCUCUUCUGUUUAUUGAUUGAACUGUUUUGUGGAAGCUUGCAAACCUAAGUUAUGCGCAAAGCAUUUUUAAAACUCUUGUUAAGUGACUUUUUAUUAAAAUUUUGACACUUGAAUGCCUUGGGAGAUACUAUGUUGCCCAUCUAUCUUCCCCCAUGGUUUCUCAAUGUGCUAUUUAGCAAGAUGUGUCAUAAACUUAAUCUUGGGUGGCUUCUGAAUGGAAAGCUUGAAUGAAAGCUUUCACCCAUGAUGAACAUGGUCCAUCUCAAUGUUGCAGGAACUAAUUGAUGACAGUCCUGUGGUGAGUGCCCCAUUGCACAGCAUUAGGUGCUACCAGGACAUGAUUAACCACCCCCUCCCCCCAACCAUGUGCUGGCUAUGCUGCCAAGACAGCUGGUAACCUGCUCGAGCCAAGCAUUUAGCACCAACCUAUCAAUAGCAAAAUGAAGGAAUGUGGAAACCGCUCCUUGCCAGUGAGGAGAUAGGAGCCAGAGCCCCGUGGAGGAUUUGGAGUGGGUCAGCCACCGUUUUCUUGGGAAUGGUGUUUGGAGCAGAAAAAGAGGCUAGGAAGUUGAGGGUCUCCUCCCUUACCCUGGCAACGAAAAUAACCAGUGUGCAUUUGUGGGCAGAAUAUGAAGUAUGACAUUGAGUAAGAAUAGCUUGGAUGCCAGUUGUACUUGGGCUGUGCAGCAACUGCUACCAUGUACCUACUUUCAGUUCAGUUAUUUAAAUUCCUGACGGGAGAUAAUGCACAUCGCCCCGCGAUAAAAUAACACUAUGAUUCAACCAUCGUUAUUGAAAAAACCCAAUUUUUUUGUUUCCACUGAAAUUGAGGGAAGUGUAAAUUGAGUAACCUCUGUAAGGUGCAUCUGGUACCCAAUGAUGAGCCUUUCUUCCGGGUGGAAAUCUGAAAAUCUAUCAUGCGGCUUUUGGACCAAACAUCUGUAUUCAUGUGUCUUUUUUUUGCUGCCAUGUGGCCUUAAGUCACUUGAGUGCAGGAGCAUCACAAAUCCCUAUUUAGCUUGGGUUGGUGGAAGAGUAUGAGGGAUGGUUUUUAUUUUGAACUGCGCUAAUAAUUGGAACAAUCCAGAGACAACCUGUGAACGAUUAGUUGCUAUCUCCCCCCACCUCCCGGCAAAGGUCGAAGCUCCACAGCCAGAUCCAUGGGUGGAUUCUGCUGCACUGUGAUUACCUCCAUUAACUUGAUCUUGAUUUUUGCCAUGGUGAGGGUAGCAUUGAGCUGCUGCUUGUAUUUCUACUCCAGUUAAACUUCCUGAUUAAUCACAGUCAUUGAAAAAAAUUAAAAUACUUUUAAGCCUAAAACAAUGUUAAAGAUAAAAAUCUGCACAACUUUUUUAAAGCUCAGCCUUUUCAGGAAGCUGAACAGAUCUGAAUAUAUGAAGUCCAAUGGGAGCGCACAGGUUGUGCUUCUCAAUUUCGUAAAAGUGUUUGUUGCUACUCCUGUCUGGUAACUUCUGGCAGCAUGAACAGCUGCUCUCUAAACCCCUCUACAUAAUUAAAAGUAACUCUUUUCAGGAAAUAAUACUCCAUGGUAUUGUAUUUCUCUGGAAAUACAAUUGUGGCUAAGUAAUAAAGGCACUCGGACUUCAAUCCAUUUGUCUCUUACGUGUGAUAGAACAAGUAGGGUGGGAGGGACAUUGUGCUAUCAUGUUACAACUCCAACAUUACAACAUUGAUUAAUAAGCAUGGUUUUUGCUUGCUGAGAUUCCUAUCCUUUAAGAAGAAUAUACUCAGUAAAAAAUGCACAAUCACAAUACUUUUAUACUGUAUUUAAGGUAAAGAAAACAUUUUAUGGUAGAGUCAACCUUUCAAUUUUGUUUCUAGGGAGAACAAGUGAUGGUGAUUUCCCACAGGAAAGGGAGGGUCAUUUGUCCUGAGUAUCUGAUUCAAGUGCAGCAUUGACUGAUAUCCUGGGGACAGGCUGCUGCCCACCCCUUAUCUCUGGGGAAAUUCUUGCUCCAGCCAGGCUGAGAAAAUAUGGAGAAAAUAACUUGGAAGUGUUUCACUCUGAAUUAAAAAUAAAAUGCUAAUAGACCCUUUACUAAACUGAGAGAGUGACUCUACCAUAAAACCUUCCCUUUACCUUAAGUACAUUAUAGAAGUAUUGUUGUGAUAGUGCAUUUUUUUAACUGAUAUUCUUCUUAAGGUAAAGCUGUGUUGGAGAUGGUUUAGCAAGGAGCUUCCUACAGUGAUUGGAUUUUUUUCUUUUGGUUCAUAAGUGCCCAAUAUUAAACUUAGAUGAUCGUGAAAUCUGCCAUUCGUGUAGGAUGUUUUACUUGAUUGCUGGCUUGACUGCAUAUCCUGUUGCUUGUUGUGAAACCUCUUUUCCUGUGACAGAACAAAUCUUUUGUGUAGAACUUAACUUUUCUUCCUGAUUAGUGGAAUGGCAUUUGAGAAAAUUACUUCACAUGGUCUUGCGAGUUCAGUUGUUGGGGCCAUAGCUGACUGCGAGAGCUAUGUGCAUGAUACAAUGCCUGUUCUCUGUCGUUGUAUCUGCAGUACCUCCUAAAAGUGUAUGUUUUUAUGGCUCAAAUUUAAAAAAAAUAAAGUUUUCCCGAAGUUGAAACGUGCAGGUUACAAUAUAGCAGCCUGCAUUUUUUUUUUACAAAUAGUUUCAGUUCCACAGCAUAACUGCUCCAGAAGGAUUACAAAUACACACAGCUGACCAAUCAGUGCCUGAAAAAGAGGUGAGUUCAACUUCCCAGAUCACCCCUUUCAGAAAGGCUGCCAAGUUUCCUAUAUUACAACAAUGAUGACACUUCAAAUGUACUUCAAUAUCUAUGUAGCGCUUUGCGAUGUCAAGAGAUUAUGAAAGGUACUCUACAAAUGCAAGCUCUUCCUUAUCAAUUGAUUUUAAGAAUUCGGCAUUUCUAAUACUGCCUGUUUACACUAAUGUACAAGUUAAUAACUUGAGUGCUGUGAAUAUGCAAGUUGCCUCUUUUUUAAAAUGUGUUGAUUGUACUGUUCCUAUUCUCUCUCAAUCAGGUUUCUUUGUAACACAAGUUUGUGUAGAGUUUCUUUUACAAUGUGAAGGAAAAUAAAAAUGUAUAUUUUUAAAA